UCACACUCAAACUCCUCUCUCUCUUCACUUUCUCUCUCUAAAUUUCCUACCAAAGUUUUUUUUCCUUCUAUCUUUCUAUAUAUGGCUUUGGAGGCCCUGAAAGCGCAGCCGGUGGCGUCGAAGAUACACGCGCCGCCGCCUCCACCGAUCCUCCGGGAGGUCGACGUUAACAGUUUCAAGAAACGGCGUUCCAAGCGCCCCCGCGCGGAGAGCCCGCAGCCCCAUCAGAGCGAGGAGGAGUAUCUCGCUUUGUGCCUCGUCAUGCUCUCCGGCGGUGGCGCCACCCGAUCUGCGACGGCGGCGGCCGCCCAAGAACAGUCUUACAGAUGCAGCGUGUGCGAUAAGGCGUUCCCUUCCUACCAAGCGCUCGGCGGGCACAAGGCCAGCCACCGCAAGCACGCCGCCGCGAGCUCCGACGAGAACAACCCGUCGACGUCGGCGGCCGCCGGAACGAACGCCCUGUCCGCUGCUCUGUACUACCCCGCCUCCGGUAAGCCGCACGAGUGCUCCAUCUGCCACCGGUCCUUUCCUACCGGCCAAGCUCUCGGAGGCCACAAGCGCCGCCACUACGAAGGAAAACUCGGCGGCGGCGGUGGUGGAAGUAAAGACGGCGGCAGAAGCAGCAGCGUCAACACAUCUUCGGAAGGCGCCAUCGUCUCCAGCCGCGUCCCGCUGGAAUUCGACCUGAACGAACUGCCUCCUUCGCCGGGAUUAGAACUUCGCCUCAGCGUUGACUUCGCCGGCGAAAGUCAGCCGGUCGCCGGCGACCACGAAGUAGAAAGUCCAAUCCCAGUCAAGGCACCGCGUUUAUCCUCGUUUCGAGACGAACCAAAUAAUAAUUGAACAAAAUUCAAUUCAUCAUUGGGAUUUCUAAUUAGUCCCAUUUGAUUAUUAAUUUCUCAUAAACUAUUAUUAAUAAUUUAAUUACUGUCACAGAUAAUUUCAAAAUUUGAUCUUUCAUGUACAGAUCAAAAAGUAGCAUAUAUGAAGAUGUUUUGAACUAUUUUUACCAUGCAGUAAUUAAUUCUUUGAUUCAAUAGAAUUCGAUUCAUCUUAAUUACUCUAUUAUUGCUAAUAAGGAUUAUGUAUAAUU